GGACUUAUAACAACCACAUCAAGAAAGCUUGACCGGGAACAACAAUCUGAACAUAUUCUUGAGGUUAUCAUUACAGACAAUGGAUACCCUCCAAAGUCCACUGUGUGCCGGGUCAUUGUGAAGGUGCUGGAUGAAAAUGACAACAAACCUCAGUUCCUCCAAAAAUUUUACAAGAUCCAACUUCCAGAGCGUGAAAAAAGUGAACGCGAUAAAAAUAUAAAGAGGGAUCCCAUAUACCGGGUUAUUGCCGUCGAUAAAGACGAGGGUCCCAACUCAGAAAUUUCUUACAGUAUUGAGGAUGGAGAUGAGCAUGGCAAGUUCUUUAUUGAACCUAAAACUGGAGUGGUUUCAUCCAAAAAGUCUUCAGCAGCAGGAGAAUAUGAUAUUCUUACGAUUAAAGCAGUUGAUAAUGGAAGACCUCAGAAGUCAUCUAGCACUCGACUGCAUAUUGAAUGGAUUGCAAAACCAACACCGUUAAUGGAACCAAUUUCCUUUGAAGAACCAUUUUUCACCUUCACCGUGAUGGAAAGUGAUCCUGUUGCUCAUAUGAUUGGCAUGAUAACUGCACAACCGUUGGGCUCACCAUUGUGGUUUGACAUUACCGGAGAUGACCUAUCUAAUGAAGUAUUUUACAUCGUUCAGAUGGCUUGUGACCACAACUGUGUAGCAGAAGGUGGAAACUACGACAGCAGGUUUGAUGUGGACAAGGGCACUGGAACCAUCAUUGUUGCUAGACCUCUCGAUGCAGAACAGAAAUCUAAUUACAACUUGACAGUGGAGGCAACAGAUGGGACAAGAUCUAUCAGUACACAGGUUUUAAUUAAAGUAAUCGAUACCAAUGACCACCGGCCAGAAUUUUCCACCUCAAAGUACGAAGUGCUGAUCCCAGAAGACGUUAGACCGGAGACAGAGAUUUUGCAAGUCACUGCCACUGACAAAGAUGAGAAGAAUAAAUUGAUUUACACAUUACAGAGCAGCACUGACCCUGCUAGUCUGAAGAAGUUUCGGAUAGACCCUGCCACGGGCUCUCUGUAUGUUGUAGAAAAAUUGGAUCACGAAGCAAUGCAGCAGCACAUUCUUACCGUAAUGGUGCGUGAUCAAGAUGUCCCUGUCAUGCGCAACUAUGCCAGGAUUGUUAUUAAUGUGACUGACACCAAUGACCAUGCCCCCUGGUUUACAAGCUCUUUCUAUGAAGGUCGAGUCUAUGAAUCAGCAGCUGUUGGAUCCGCUGUGCUCCAAGUCACUGCGUUAGAUAAAGAUAAAGGGAAAAAUGCUGAGGUUGUUUAUUCCAUUGAGUCAGGGAAUACUGCAAAUGUCUUUUCAAUUGAUCCAGUACUGGGAAUUAUUAAGACGGCAAAAGAACUUGAUCGAAGCAGUCAAAGUCAGUAUGAACUGGUGAUUAAAGCAUCAGAUCAUGGAAUUCCAACGAUGAGCCAGAUAACAUCCCUACACAUUCUUGUCACCGUUUCAGACAAUGCAGCCCCCAAAUUUAUGAAGAGAGAGUACUCUGCUGAAAUCAGUGAAUCGGCACGAAUCGGUAGUUUUGUGGCAAUGCUUUCCACUCACAGCCAAUCUUCAGUCACGUACGAAAUCAAGAAUGGAAAUAUAAUGAAUGCCUUCGAGAUCAAUCCAAAUUCUGGUGUUGUCAUAACACGAGACCAUCUUGAUUUUGAAACAAUUCCAUCUUACACUCUUACUGUUCAAGCUACAAACAUGGCCGGGUUGUCCACCAAUGCAACACUUGUUGUUCAUCUCCGAGAUGAGAAUGACAACUUUCCCAUUUUUGCUCAGAGAGAAUACAGAGGACUCAUUAGUGAAUCUGCACCAGCUAACAGUGUUGUGUUAACUGAUGAAAACACUCCCCUGGUAAUUCGAGCCACUGAUGCUGACAGAGAAACAAAUGCUUUGCUUGUUUAUCAAAUUGUUGAGCCAUCUGUCCAUAAGUAUUUUGCCAUUGACCCCAGCACUGGUGCGAUACGCACCUUGGUCACAUUAGAUUACGAACAAACAAAUAUAUUCCAUUUCACUGUUCAAGUACAUGACAUGGGAUAUCCACGACUGUUUGCAGAGUACUCUGCUAAUGUUACUAUUUAUGUGGUUGAUAUCAAUGACUGUGCUCCUGUGUUUUCAAAAGAAGUCUAUGAAGCUUCCAUAUUAAUACCAACUUACAAGGGGGUA